AUGGGGAAUGGACGUUUUGGUGUAUAUUGCGGUUGUUCUUGCUUGCUCAUCAUCAUCGGAGGAGUUUCAUGUCUAAUCGUAUUUUUAAACAUCCUCCCAUUUAAGGCUAUAAAGUUUCAUAUCAUCGAUGCUUCAUUAACAGAGUUCUACGUGACCAAUGAUGAUGUACUUCAUUAUAAUCUCGCAUUAAACAUCUCUGUCAGGAACAGUAACAAAAUGGACCGCAUGUCAUAUCAUGGUAUUCGUUCUAAUCCUUCCUGCUACGGCAGAGAUUUGGCUUCCAUUUCUUGGCCGUCUUUCCGGCAAGGCACUAAGAAUACAACAUUACUAUAUCCUGUAUUUCAAGGACAAACCUUGUUCAAACUUCAAGGUUCUCAUCUUAGGGAUUUCAAUAAUGAUCAGAGAGAUGGAAUUUGUAAGAUGAAUGUAAAUCUCUAUCUUACAGUCCAAGUGAAGCAUGCUGGUGGUGAUAAGGGUGUCAAACUGCCUCUCACAGUUAAUUGUGGAUUAAUGAGUCUUCAUUUGUCGGGUUCUUCUUCUUCUUCAAACAAUCAAACACGAAUUGGUGGCUUAUUCAAACUAACAAGGUGCAAGGCAAAUGGUCCAUCAGCUUGA